AUGGAGUCCCGCCUUCUCGGUUUUCCUGAUGCUGAAUCCCGCAGCCUUGCUCUGCAGGGUGGGAGUUGGGCUCGAGAACCUUCAUGCUCCAACACGGGCACCAUCAAUGGCCAGUACAAGAAGAACCUUGAUGAGCUCCUGUCCAACCUCUCCAAGGAUGCUCCCGAGAACGGGGUGUUCCGCACUAGCACGGUUGGGACAGGGGCGGACCAGGUCCAUGGCAGCCUCAUGUGCUUCGUCGACCAUGACCAAACCAAGUGCCUCGACUGCCUCGCCAACACCACCGCUUGGAUCACCAGAACAUGCCCCAGCAGCCUGACCGCAAGUGCUUCUUACGGCGCUUGCCUGCUCCAGUACUCGGGCCCAUCCUUCAUUGACUCUGCCAAGCACAGCUACGGCUUCGACAUGAACAUAACCUUCAUGUCGUUUUCUCCCCCGUUCGACGGGGACACAGCCAGCAUGGUCAACGCACGGUCACGGCUGUUCGAAGAGAUCUCGCGCAGGGCCAGCAACCAGACACUUGGGUUUUACAACCAGAGCCGACGGUACACCGUAGACAAGCAAAUGAUGAGGGUCUACGGUCUUGCGCAGUGCAGGGGGGACCUGGCGCCCGGUGGCUGCAGCAGGUGUAUUUCAGGGUACAACAGAGUGCUGCGGAGAUUGUUCCCGAACAACAACGGAGGUAUCGUCAAGGGGCACAGCUAG